AUCAGGAGCGAAAGGGGUUCAAGUUUGUUCGACCUUCGGUCAGACGAGGCGUAGUUUCAUUGAAUUUCUAGUGUUCUCGUUCGACAGUGGCCGUGAUAAUUCGAGUGAUAGUGACAACAAUGUCCGUGAUUAUGGAUUGUUUUCGCCAGUAGCGGACGUUGUGAAGUUUCUUAGCCACUUUGUUUAGCUGACUUCCCCGACAAGGAAUUCCGAUCUAUUGGGUGACAGGUCGAUCAACGAUUUUCUGUUCAGCGCGGGUUUUUCUAAUAGAAAAACACCGUCUUUUGUUUCUCAAGGGUAGUUCUACAUCGUUUACGGUGAGUUUUCCCUCUCUUCAGCUGGCACGUCACUAACCCGCGACGCAAGAACCCGUCGUCACGGCUGAGACUCAAAUUGGACAACCGAUUGCCGUAAUCGGGGUACACACGGACGUAAAUUCCGUUUCGAUAUCUUUAAUUAGGGAUCUGUGAUGUACAAGCUCGGCGACGCAGGAAAAAUCAUUACCGCUACAAUUAAAUUCGUGCACUCGAAGAGGAAAGGAAUUUUCAUACACAUAAGAAGGAUGUACAAGGACUCGAUAAGUCUUCGAUGUCAACGAAGCUUUUUAACAUUUCGAUUCUAUUGAACGCCUUGGCCGUUGCGACUGAGAAACGAGGUCAAGUUUUGCGCCAAAAUAACACACCGACAGGUUAUCAACUCCAACGUAAUGGAGUGUUAAUGACAUAAGAAGCGAUCCACCAGGAGAUGCACCAAGGGUAACCAGUACAGAGACGCUGCUUUUAUGUCAUAAAGGAAAACUACUGUCAGAGAAAAUGAAGCUGUUGGAGAGUACACGCUUUGAAGCUAUUAACAGUGCCUUGUCGAUCAAGACUGGAGACAGCAAAAUAAUAGGCCGAAUAGAAAGCUACUCUUGUAAAAUGGCUGGGAAUGAUAAACAGCUGUACAAACGUUUCAAUGCAGAACAAGGAUUUACUCCACAUGAUCUUCAAGCUUUGUCACCACCACAAACAUCCCUGGGAACUUCACCUGCUCAAAGUCGCAGUGUUUCUGGCGAUGAAGAUGGUCCACUAUGCGAUACGAUCAGUAGAAAAACAUUAUUCUAUUUGAUUGCCACUUUGAAUUCAGCUUUUCACCCGGAUUAUGAUUUCUCUGAUGCUAAGAGUCACGAGUUUAGCAAAGAACCAAGCUUGACGUGGGUGAUGAACGCGGUAGAUAGCAAUUUGAGCGCGACUGCCGGUGAUCAUUAUCGUACCCUUAGGACGGCACUUUGGGCGGCAAUCGAUGAUGAGAUAUCAUUAAGCGAAUGUGAUAUUUAUAGUUACAAUCCAGACUUUGUAUCUGAUCCAUUUGGAGAAGAUGGAUGCUUAUGGUCUUUCAAUUAUUUCUUCUAUAAUAAGAAGUUGAAACGCAUUGUGUUUUUCACAUGCAGAGCAAUAAAUCCUCUCUACGUGCUAGAUUCCGGUGUUGGCAGUCACUUUGCCAUGGACGAAGAUGAAGAUAGAUACUAAAUUUAUUAUACAUAUUUACAAACUUUACCCUCU